AUGCCGAAACGGAAAGCUCCUACGAAACUUUCUGGCCUUACGGGCUCAGAUGAUGAGGAUAUAAUGCAGGUUACGGGAGACGGGAGCGCCCCUGCACAAGAAUCGCAUGACGAACCUCCCGCGAAGAAACGACGAGGCCGACCGCGCAUAUCGAAUGACAAUGCGACCGAAUCGCAACCGACAAGCCAAGCCAAAAAGCGAGAGUCGGCUACAGCUGCACAAGCUGAUGCUCCCCCGGCCAAGAAACCUGGUCGGCGAGGACGACCACGCGGCAGUAGUCGCACCUCUGAAGCCCCGGAGACCCAAAUGGAGGCGGAGGUUAUGCAUGAAGCUGCCGAUGAAAAGAAUUCUGAACAAGAAAACGAAGAUCCUAUGGCAACUAAACAGACUAAGAUAACCCGUGCAACGAGGGCUACUAAGCCUGCACCUACGCGCCGAACAGGCCGUGCAGCGAGCGCGGCAAAGCAUUCAGUCACAGAUGGCGAAUUUGAGUAUACACCCUCUGGCUCCAAGCAAGCUGUGGCUCAGGAGUCUAGAGAAGAACCGGAAGCUAGUCCCCGUCCGCGCGCAGUUCAACGGCGACAGAAGGAAGCCAAAACGGCCGACCCAGUUCAGAAUGAUGAACCUGCUAGAGAGGUUGUAGAUGAGUCUAUACUUCCUGAUGAGGUGCCCCCUGCUCGUCAUGUGCCUUCCUCCGCUGUGAAGAAUGCACGAUCUCGGCUUUCUACAAUGCGGAACACACUAGAACCCUCUCCGCGUAAACGCAACUCAGGCGAUGUCGAGCAAGGUGGAGAACCAGAGUUGAGACGUAAAAUUGGUGAUCUUACCAAGAAGCAAGAAGCCCUGGAAUCCAAGUAUCGCAAUCUCCGCGAGAUUGGAGUCGUAGAGGCCAACACAAAUAUGGAGAAGUUGCGCAAACAGUGUGAGACUGUCACUACGGCUUCGAAUGAGCUGGUUGCAUCUCUCAGAUCCGAGUUGGAAGCUCAGCGAGCUCUCGGGCAACAGAGUCGUGCACUUCAGAAGCAACUGAAAGAACGGGAUGCUGAAAUUGCCCGGCUUCAGUCGCAGGCAGAUGAGUCGCGUUCUCAAAUUGCUGCUUCCCAGACUGAGGUCAAGGCCUUGCAGACAAAGCUGGCUGCUGCUCGUAAUACAGCUGCAAGCUUGGAGAAGACCAAGAUCCCUGGCAGUGCCAUCAAGGGCGGCCCCGCAAACCGUGCCGUAGCAGCCGCCAAUGCCGGGGCUGCGCAGGCGGCACAGGUCGCUCAGCUUAAGGAAGAUCUUUAUAGCGACUUGACUGGCUUGAUCGUCCGUGGUGUAACGGAUCGAGAGGCUGAUCAUUUGUAUGACUGUAUUCAGACAGGUGUCAACGGAACCUUGCAUUUCAAGUUGGCCAUCCCCAAGGUGCCUAGUUCGGAGUAUGAAAAGGCAGUAUUUGAGUACCUGCCUCUGUUGGAUGCCAACCGCGAUCGAGACCUUGUCGAUAUCCUACCGGACUUCUUGAUCGAUCAUAUUACUUUCGAGCGGGAGCAGGCGCCGAAGUUCUAUACUCGGGUGAUUGAUGCCCUGACUAAACGGCGGUCCAGCACUGCAUCGCGUGUAUAG